CUCCUUUUGACGUGUCUAUCAUGUUAGUUGGAAACAGGAUGAGCCGUUUCAGCGGCUACAGAUGUUUACUCACGUCUCCAUAGCAACAGUUUGUGCAUCAACAGAAACUGUGGGUUGGUUGCUUCAAAAUAAAAGCCUCUCCUGAAGUAUGGAUCAGAACCAAACUCUCAGGUUGGGUAGAUGGUUUUUAAAGUGACUGACUUGUCCUGUUUGUUUUGGUUACGUUUGGACCGCAGACAUGAACCAAGCUGCUCCGAGCCAGCGACCCGUAAUCCCACAGGUCCGGUACCACCCAUCCAUUCAGAUGGCAGGAAGUGGAACCACAGCCGGUGCUACUCGCCGUCCUCAGAUCAGAACUCAACCUAAAAUGGUCCCUAAGAACCAGAACGCCAACAGAACCGGUCCGGCUGGGGCGCGCGGACCACCUGACAACGAUCCAGGUCCAACUGCAGACCCGACAUCAAGCAAACAGGGCCAGAGAUCCAGACCAGGUGCUGCUCGCAACCCUCAGACCAGAACUGAGCCCAGAGUGGUCCAGAAGAACCAGGACCCCAACAGGACCAGUCCAUGUCUUAACAGAGGACCAGAACCCAGGACGGAUCUGGGUUCUGCUGAAGACAAAGCUCCUCCCACACCAGACCAGGUCCCGCUGGACCCAAGGGCCAAACUGGACCUCCACCUGCUACAGCAAGUGGAGGUUCUGACCCGCGGUCAGAGCACCAACCAGGACUGGUUCCACUGGAGGAAGAACCGGAUCACGGCCUCCGUGGCCCAUCGGAUCGCUCACUCCAGGUUCGCCAACGGCAAGGGCAAAACUCCGCCCCUUUCGUACCUGGCUGCCAUCACAGGCGAGGGGCCCAAAGUCCGGACCAGAGCCAUGAGCUGGGGCAUCGAGAAGGAGGCCGAGGUCGUCCACAGGUACCAGACCCUGAAGUCGGCGGCGCUGGGCCGACCCGUCCGGGUUCAGGAGUGCGGCCUGUUCAUCGACGGCCAGCGGCCCUGGCUGGCGGCCAGCCCUGACGGCAUCGUGGUGGACGAGCGGAGCGGCCGCAGGCUGCUCUGUCUGGAGGUCAAAUGUCCCUACAAACACCGGAACCGGAGCGUGGAGGACGCCUGCAGGGACGACCCGGCCUUCUGCCUGCAGCUGCUGGACGGGGACACACCUGGACAGGCUCCAGUUUACACCCUGAAGAAGUCCCACAGCUACUUCACGCAGAUCCAGGUCCAGCUGGCCGUCACAGGCCUGGACCGGGCCGACCUGGUCGUCUUCACUCUGAGGGAGACGGCCAUUGUCCCCGUGACCUUUGACCCCGACCUGUGGGAGGAGACUGUGUCCAAGCUGGAGGUCUUCUACCAGGACGCCGUCCUCCCUCACCUCAGACAAAAGAUGCAGCAGAAUGCAGCUGCCGGGCCAGAGCUGUAGAAACAGGACGGUCCAAACACUGUGGGGUACUGGACACGUCCGGUCCUCUGGGGACAGAUGUGUUUUGGUUCUGAGGGUGGUGGAGGACGCAGGACAUUUUUUUAAGCUACUGAUUCUGUUCAGAUUAAACAGGUCGGACUUCUGAGUAGCCCGAUCUUCUGAGUCCAGUUUGUCCAACCAGAGACAAACAGAACCCUGAUGAGCUUCUGGAUCGGAUCCAAUCCAAACGGUGCCAACUGGAGCAGCUCACAUUUCCUCAUAUCGGACCUUUUUCUGUAGCGGGUUAUUGUUUAUGAAUAUAAACACAUUUUAUAUGAAA